AUGCCUUGCUAUCAUGCCUUGGUGGAAAAGCAACGUGCUUAUUUCAAGUCGGGCGCGACGAGACCGUUGGAGAACAGAAAGGAGACGCUCAACAAACUGAAGAAAAUGCUGGAAGAAGAUGGGGAACAGAUCGCAGCGGCUAUUUUCAAGGAUUUACACAGGGACGGCCAUUUCGAGACAUUCGGUGUCACCCAUCAAAUAAAUGAGACGCUGGAGAAGCUGGAAGAGUGGAGUGCUCCUACUAAGCUGUCCUCCGACGGAAACGACGAGCUGUUCAUUGUUCGUGAACCUGUUGGAGUUGUGUUGGUCAUUUCCCCAUGGAAUUACCCGCUUUUCACCUCGGCUCCACUCGUUCAGGCCCUUGCCGCGGGAAAUACGGUAAUUCUGAAGCCAUCGGAGCUGGCACAGCACACCGCUCAAGCAUUUGAGAAGAUUAUCAACAAACAUUUUGAUGAAAACGUUUUUGCGGUGGUAAAUGGAGCGGUAGAAGAGACGACGGCCCUUUUGAGCGAACGUUUCGAUCAUAUCGUCUAUACCGGAAAUCCGGCCGUCGCAAAGAUUGUGAUGGCGGCCGCAGCCAAGAAUCUGACCCCUGUCACCCUUGAGUUGGGUGGCAAAAAUCCAACCGUGGUUCUGGAUGAUGCUGACGUGGCCCUAGCCGCUGAAAAGAUCGCCAAGGCCAAAAUGAUGAACUGUGGACAGAUUUGUAUCAAUCCCGAUUAUGUGCUCACCACUUCAAUCACAAAGCCCAAACUGAUCUCUGCCAUUCAGCAAGUCUUUGAGAAGGAGGGAGAACUCAAGGAGAACAAGGCUUUUGCAAGGAUCAUCUCGGAACGCCAUUUCGACCGUCUAAAAGCGUUGACCGAGAAAACAAAUGGUAAAUUGGCAUGGAAAGCAGGAGGAGAAGAGAAUCGAUCAGAAAGAUAUCUACCACCUAGUAUCUAUGAAAUUGAAGAAAAUGAUGAAUUGAUGAAGGAUGAGAUAUUUGGCCCAAUCCUUCCAAUUCUGACAGUCGAUAAUCUGGAGAAAGCUCUAGAUUUCGUGAAGGAAAGGGAGAAGCCAUUGGCUGCUUAUAUUUUCUCCAAAGAUCCCGAGGCUGCUAGACGAUUUAUCACGGAAACUUGGUCGGGUGGAGUGUGUGUCAAUGAUGUUCAUUCUCAUGCUUUUUCGCCAUCGGUUCCAUUUGGAGGUGUCGGCAAUUCUGGAUUGGGUCGUAUUAAUGGGAAAUAUUCAUUCGACAAUUUCACCCAUGAGAAGGCUGUUCUGAUUAGGGGUGGAGUGUCCGUUCCACAGAAUAAACUU